AUGCCACUUGAAUUGGUGGGACUGUGGGGCGCUGCCUCUGCGCUGGCUGCUGGCAGCAAAGGCGCAGCAGCAGUGGCUGCAGGCAGCAGCAAGACAAUAGCAGCAGCAGGCGCAGCCCUUUUCAAAGGUGGAGGCCUGGGCCACUUGCUGCAUGCGAAAGGAACUGCUGCUGCUGCUGCUGCUGUUGACGGCACAGCCGGCAGCUGCCAGCUGAUAGCUACUGCAGCGCAGCACAGCGGGGCCGCGGGGACCCCGCCCCUCAGCAGCACAGCAGCAGCAGUCUCAACAGCAGCAAGCGGCGGCAACAGCAGCACAACUGCAGCAGCUCUAACGACGAAGUCUGCAGCAGCAGCAACCAAAGCUCACCUGCUAGGGGCCACGAAGGCCUCUGCAGCAGUAAAAGGGGCUGCUGCCCACUCCCCAGCCUCCUCUGGGGGCCCCCCUAAAACCCAAAUGGGUACUGCAGCAAAAGGCACUGCAGCAAAGCCCCUGGGGCCCCAGGGGCCAUCUCAACACGUCAGUGGGGGCACGGGGGGCCCCAAGGUGCCCCAGGUCCCGGGGGCCCCAGGGGGCCCCGGGGCGGGGGCCCCGGGGGCCCCCGGGGCCCCCGGGGGCCCGCCAGGAAUCCCCACUGGGGGCGAAAAAAGUGUGACAGUAACUCGAGACUUUGCCGAAAGCACUCCUUCGGGAGUUGUGCAUCACAUCACCCGGACCACCACAGAGUCCAUAGACACGCUGGAGCCAGCGCAGCUGCUGCAGCUGCUGCUGCCGCUGCCUGCUGCUGCCUGUCUGGGGGCCCCGGGGCCCCCAGCCCGGGGGCCCGGCUGCACGGGGGGCCCCGGGGGCCCCGGGUACACUGGAGACCCCGAGUGGCUGGGGGGGAGUAGCCAAGUCUCAGAGAGGGGGCGGGAAGAGAGGCAAACUGAAGGCUACCACAGCCUCGCAGGACAGCCGCAGCAGCAGAAGCAGCAGCGGCGGCAGCAGCAGCAGCAGCGGCAGCAGAAGCAGCAGCAAAACAAGAAUCUCGCAGGCGGUUUUGGGGCAAAACGGACAGUCGCCCGCAGCACGCUAAUGGGGCGGGCUGAGGCCUAUGGGGCUUUUCUGUGA